AUAUUCUUUUGAAUGAAAAAAACAUGCAGUAACAGGCUUACACAGACUGUGAUGUGCAGUCCGGUUUGACAUUGUUUACAACACCAAAUAUCACAAAUAUCACAGUAUAAAGCAGGAAACUUGUUUUGUGGUAUAGCAUUUUUUAUUAACAGCUUGACGCGAAAGGAGGCCCUGGAUUUUCUCUGCAUAUUAUAAUGCUGAUACUUUGCUUUAGGAUAUUUUGAAAGGAUGCCAACUGUAAAAUGAGAAAGGGAGAGAGUAGAUUGAUUUGUCAGCUCAGAUGACACCUUUAUUGGCAGUUGACACCAGCAGCUGUGCUACAUACCUUGGUACUGGGUUCAGUUUGAUUGACCUCUGUCAUACCUUUUCCAAAAUUACGGCUUGUAAAGGAAAGUGAGAAAUGGAAGAAGCUGGUGCACUCCUAAUCAUGAUAUGAUAAAUAUUCACACUCUAAUAUAGUUAUAUUUGCCAGUGAGGCAUCUGGGUGUGAAUUAUGCACAAGCUACACAGUAUCAAGGAAAACAAAAGAAAAGGAUAUUUCUUGAAACUAACAUUUUAACAGGAGAAUAAUGGAUGGAUGACGUUAUGGAUAUGGUGCUGAUUUGCUGUUGCCAUGGAUUCCAACAAACGAUUGGAGGAAAGUGACGAGGAUUUUCGCAAACGGCUUGUGGACAGUCUAAGCCAGAGUUUCCCAGAUAGUGCAUUAUCCAAAAUGCUGAAGAUUUGCAAUGCUGCUAAUUCAGCUCCAGAUUCAUGUGAUGAAUUAGAACUGGGAGACUUGGAUCCACUGGCAAAGAGUUGUUUUGCUGAAAUCCGUUUGGAUAAGGGCCCCAUUGAUGAAGAUGACGAUGAUGAUUUGACUAGUUUAGCCUGGCUCCAGGACUCAAACCUGCUGAAGGAUAUUGCCGGUGAAGCAGAUUUGGAAGAUAUCCCAGAGACUCAGAAGGAAAAUAAAGAAGGAGAAGUAAAUGGCAAGGAAGUCAGUGGACAAGUUCAUCCUCCAAAUGUGCCCUAUAAUCCUCAAAAACAUGUAAACAGCAAACCACCUUACUCUUUCAGCUGUCUGAUAUUCAUGGCAAUUGAGGACUCACCACAGAAAAGGCUUCCAGUAAAAGACAUUUAUAACUGGAUUCUAACACACUUCCCUUACUACCAGAAUGCGCCAACAGGAUGGAAAAACUCUGUCCGUCAUAAUUUAUCCCUCAACAAAUGCUUCAAGAAAGUGGAAAAAGAAAGGGGACAGAGUAUAGGCAAAGGAUCACUAUGGUGCAUCGACCCAGACUACAGACCCAACCUCCUGCAGGCACUCAGGAAGACCCCAUACCACCCUUACCACCAGCUACAGAUGCUUGCCAACCCCCCAGUCACCCAGACAUACUCAUACUCUGUUCUUCCAGGCAACCCUCGGCCGAUGCCACUGACACCCAGAUUCAACCUGAACAGUUCCUUGCCUCCACAUCUUUUUCCCUUCCUAAGUAGGAGAUUAGCUCAGUCAAAGACCGAGACAGAUAUGGACAUUGAUGUUGCAAAUACUUUGGUAGCUUUGAAAGGAUCUCAAAGAACUGGAGACAAUCCUCGCCUGAAGCCCCUCACACCCUUGCAGUUAGUCAAUGGCAAGACAGGCAGUGCAAUGUACCGUCACAGGUCUCCCUCACCGCCAGAGUUUGGUAGCGAGAGAGAUCGCCAUAGGGCUCAGCUAAAGAGGAAACUGAGAUACAGUCCUGGAAACUUUGUGAAGAAGCGUCCCAGGUCCCCAGUUGUGAUCACCAACAGCCCCAGUGAGGACCACACCUAUAGCGCAUCUUCUUCAUCCGGCUCUCCGCGUGAGCAUCGCAGCAUUUCUCCAUCUUCAUCCAUUGACGAGGAGUACGAGUUUGGCAGGCGUGGCACCAGUGACGCAGAAGAUGCAGACGUCAGUGAUUACCAUAGUGAGGCCAGCGAUUUUGAAGAGUACGACAGUGAUGUCAGCAAUUUGGAUGAUGGGCGAACGAGUCGUGUACGCAUUGGUGGCAGUCUGGAGGAGCGCAAGAUGCAAAACUGUACCCGCACAAAUGGAUGCCAUGAGAAAGAAGAAGGAGCAGCCGAGGAAGAAGAUGAGGAGAGAAAGAUUGUGGAAGGAGCCGAUGCCUUAUUGAAUCUGGCAGGAAUCAAGACGGCAAGCAUUGUGCCACUGCGGGCAAUCAGCCCAACCUGUUCCACUGGGACUAGUGCAAAUCAGGAGAUUGCUGCACAAUAAGGGGACUGACUGACAAGGAUUUAACAAUUCAGUACUGCCAUAUUUAACACUCUAUAGGGAAAGGUGCAAAGAAUAAGAAUGACACAUGGCACUCUGGGGUACAAUUACAUGCUGCUUUUGCCAAGAAUUCUUCCUCGUACAUUCUGAAAGAGUACCUCGAGUAGUACAUAGACUUUGACAUAAACUCAGGAGAGGGAAUUUAUAUAUCUUUAUGACAUGUAUGACAUGGUGCAAUAUGUGGUUGCAAUAUCACUGUAUUUAGACAAGUAACACACAAAUUGAUAUAGAAUUUACAUCUUUCAUGAGUAGCACUGAAUAAUCUAGUAUUAUUCAGAGAGGCCGGGAUCUAUUGCAGAUAAAUUUCUGAGAAGAUAAUUACAUAUAACCAUUUUAUAGUAUUAAGUAUGUUAUCUUUCGUAUUAUGAAUAUCGUCAUCAGAAAUUUAGAUCACUUAUUACUUGCACCUACUGCAGCACAUUAUUAUAAUUAGAUGAAUAUUAUGAUAUGACGGAUAAUAUUGCUUGUACACAUUAACUUAAGCUAAAAGUUCAUCUGUUCACUUACUGGAGGCAAAAGUCAUCUUGCAGAGAGGAAAGGUUAAUAGCAUCCACUUUGUUAGUCAGUGGUAAACUAUCUGUAACUGACCACUAUAAAUGAGUCAGCCACAGUCUUGUCUAGAUGUGAAGAAAAAUAAUCAGUGCUUAGGUCUUCCUAAGAGAGUAGGGUCUAUAAGUUGCAACAAAAAUAAAACUCGGUGCUACAGUUUUCUCUUGUUAUUAGUUGGAAAUGUUGAGGUGGGCAAACAGGUGCAGACAUAACUUCCUACUUGAUUUAAACUUGAUUUAAAAUACAACAGUGAAGAAAAAAAACUUAGGGUUUCUUUCAAGUUAAAUAACAAAGAAUAAAUUAAUAUUCCAUCUGUAUUACUAUGUAGAUUGUUCCUAUGAAUUACAUGUAAAAUUCUGAUACAUUUUACAUUGUUUAGGUAUUUCAACUAUGUCCCUUUGAAAAUCUUGUAAUUGAACACGUUCAUAUAUAUACUUUUAGAUUUGUAUAAGACAUAACUUGCUAAAGCAUUUUCCCUGCCUUUAAAAAAGUUGAAAUCAUUACGUUUUUUUUUUUUUUUAAUAUUUUCAGCAUUAUUUAGUUAUUUAUUUAUUUAAUGUAGACACAUCAAUACAUGUAUAUUUUGAGGGGGUUGUAGAAGAUUCAAACAGGUGCCAGUGACAACAACUGAGUAAUUAAAUUUGUAUAAAAGAUAGUUAUGAUAUAAAUAUUCCAUGUUGAUUUUUUAUUUGCUUUAUUAAGUAGACAGAUUAAUCAUGCCAUUUAUAGUAGAUAGAGACUCAUUAAAAGUUUUCUAGGAAAGGGUUUAUAACAUUUAUAGGGAUAGGGGGAGUUCCACCAUGUAUAUAAGUAUAUAUCAAAAUGUGAUGGAAGCUUUUCAUAUGGUAACUGAAGUGCUCACUGCUUUAACUUAUAGGUAACAGCGUAAUGGAAAUAGUGAGUGAACAUGGAAAUUUAGCAAAGAAAUAGUUGUUUCUCUGCAGGAGCCUUAUGCAAAAUUUGGUAGCAUAAAGGUUAAACCUCUUGACUACUAAAUGUUCUUAGGUGCUGAAUCAAUUUUGUAAUUUUGCAAGAUACUCUCAUCAGAAUCAAAAUGAAUAUGGUGGUGCCAGGUUAAGCUUUGGCUUACAUUUUUUAUAAAAAAUUGAAUUGUCAGCUUCAACUUUUUGAAUAUGUUGAAUUAUUUAAUUUUUUAAAGUCCACACUUUCACAUACCUUAAUUUCUAUUCAGAGUCAGUUUUGCUUAAGCAAAAAAAUUACUUAUUUUAAUAAUGUACCAUACAUCAAAAAGUUAACCUCCAAAUACUAAGAUCUAAAGUUUUGUUUUGCUAAAAUUGAGCUUCCUAUAUAAUGACCCAUGGAUGCUUAGUUGUGAAAGAUGAAAAUCAUUGAGUUAGAUUCAGUGGAAUAUGUAGAAUAAGGUUUGAUUGAAUAAGCCAUUUUCUUGGAUAAUGAUGACCUUCUACCUCCAAAGUUCUAACUCAUUAUAUUUAAUUUUGGUUUGAAAACACCAUCAGUGCUCUUGAUGCUGGUGUCCAUUUUUCUCUGUAAUCAUUUUUGUUGUCUUUUGAAAUAUUGGUCAUAAGGUCUAGAAAUUGUUGAAAUUGUUGCCAGGGAUUACGUCAUUAUCAUUAUGGUGUUUUUCUAACAUUCAGGAAACUUAUUUUUCACCCAGGACCUUUUAGCUAAUUGAUUACUAACAUUAAGGAAACACUUCCGUAAGGAUCUAGCAUUAAGUCAGCAAAUCAUCUGUGCUAUUAAUUAUCUUCAUGGUGCAAUACCUUUUUUAUUUCCAAAGUGUUAUGUUUGAAAUGUUGUACAAAUUGUAUAUAAGGGGAAUAAAAUGGCAUCUUUGU